UCUGGAGCCUUCGCCUGGGCCACACGACACUUGCAGCUCACUUGCACCGUCUACGACAUUGUGACAUGGAAUUGUCAAGAAAUCUGACUGUAGCUACUAUCCUUGUACUUGGAGUUGGGACUUCACUUGGCAUCUAUGUAUUGUGGCAAUAUCACAAUUCUUUAAAGAAAAAAAGAAAUAAGAUGAUUCCUCGAAUCCAGGACUUGGAGCAGUUGAAGCAGAUGAAAUGGGAGUGUGUUGGUAAAGUGAAAAAGGUAUUUGUUUAUCCUGUCAAGUCAUGCAAAGGACUUUCUGUUGACUCUGCACAAGCUCACUUCAGGGGACUGGUCUAUAAAACAGCAAGGGACAGAUCAUUUAUAAUUGCCACUGAGAAGGGAACAAUGAUUACUGGGAUUAUGGUGCCUUCAACUGUGCUGAUAGAGGCUACCUUUGAAGACAAUAUAUUGACUCUUAAUUUUCCUGGGAUGGAGGCACUACAUGUGGACACUAAAGAAGUAGAGAAAAAUUCCAUACGUCUCAAAACAAACAUCUGGGGUGAAGAUACUUAUGGCUUGGAUUGUGGGAAGAAUGUCUCCUUAUGGCUUCAAAAGAUUCUGCUUCGCAAAUGCAAACUCCUAUAUCAUGCUGACCUGCCUGCUGACCGUGUGUCCAACCAUCCUUUGGAGUCUUCAUGUCCUCUUUUGAGAACAGAUGAUCAUUCCCUGUAUGCAGAUUCUGGUGGGUAUAUGCUCAUGACUGCAGAGAGCGUGGCAGAUCUACAAACUAGAGUAAGUUCCAAGAUUGCUGCUGAGGAUUUCCGGCCAAACAUUCUGAUAGAGGGAAUCAAGAAACCUUAUGAUGAGGAUGAGUGGCAGUAUGUUAAGAUUGGUGAUACUGUCUUCAGAAAUACUGUGCCAUGUUCAAGGUGUAUUUUUACCACAGUUAGUGCUGAGACUGGCAAGAAAAAUCCUGACAUGGAGCCACUGCGUACUCUCAAGACGUAUCGGUGUGAGAAAGGAAUGGAUAGUCCAUUCUUUGGCAUCAACCUUGGCCUUGAUCUGGCUGGUAAGGUGAGUGUAGGAGAUGAAGUUCACAUUACAAGGUCCGAAAGUUUUUAGAAGUAUGUGAAAGGCUCAUCCAUAUCUUUGUAUCUUCAUUAUUCUGUACAAAGUAUCAAAGAAUAAUUUUGUUUUGUUAAAGUCCGUCAUAUUAAGAUUAUGAAGUUGUGGAAUAGCAAAUGAUUGUAAGAUAUAUCCAUAUUUAAAUUUCUACUUUCUUGUAAGAAAACAAACCUUGUGCAAAAGUGAUGUUUCUUAGAUUCGUUUAUCAUGUUGGUACUGUUUACUUAUGAGAAAAUUGCAUGAACAGCUGAGUAAACUUAAGAGCAUAUAUAAGGAUUGUACAUCAGAGCAGUGGCAAAAGAUAAUUUUCAGUGAUGGAAUAUUAAGUAUGAUAGCUGUCAUACAUACACAUUAGUAUAAUGUAGCAUAUAUAUUAAUGUUAUGAAUUAUAUUCACUAUAUUCUAUAUCAUUAUAGAAAUAUAAUUAUCAUUUGUUAAGAUUAUGUUAUGACCGUCAGGUGUUACCGUAUUUUACGGCUUACAAGACGCACUUCUUUUUCCUAAAAAAUACUCUGAAAAAUACUAGUGCGUCUUCCAAGACGAAUGUUGUAUUGUAAAGCAACACCCAGCCUCAAGUGAGCUUGGACACUUGACCGAUAGCGACCUGGAUUUGUAUGUUGAGUCAUUACAUUAUGAUGUUAGCUUAAGUACUCUUCAAUUCAGCCUUUUAUAUUAUGUAAACUCAGUACUUAGCUGUUACAAGUAUUUCCAAUACCAUAAUCCUUCCUGGAGCCUACUUGGUCUGUGGAGAAAACGGGCUGUUCCCUCAUCUCAUAGCAACGCACAUGAACACACACACACAUGCCAGGUGCCUUUAUACAUUCAUUAAUAGAACAUCCAAAUGACUUACUCGUUCAAGCAAGAGCCAAAACUCCACUUGUGAAUUAUAUUCGCAUUGAUAAAGCUUAUGAAGCAUGAUUGCAAAAUAAAAUAAAUAUGAACUGCAGCACUGACGCGUUCGAUUUCGGCGAUCGGACAAGUAAUUCUGUAAUGUAAUCCAGGGGUGUGCAACCUUUUUUCCCAAAGGGCCACUAGUCAUGACUCUGUUGGUAUGGAGGGCCACAUACCCUUACUAUUUCAUGUUAUUUACUAUGAUCGAAGACAUAUUAUGUGAGAUUAUACUGAUAAAGAUAGGAAAUGAUUUUGUUACUGAUUUUAUUUAUAUUGGGAUCACAAAAAUAAGAAUUGUCCGAAACAAAUGUAUUUUCCUUACUAUAAAAUUAAUGAGCAAAUGAAAGGCUGCCGUACCUUAUUAUUAUAAUGUACAAACAUAAAUAAUUAGUUAUUGUUGGUUAACUGGGAUCAUUAACAAGAAUUAUUAUAAAAAACAGACAUUUCCUGAGCAUUAAUUUGCAAAUGAAAGGCUACCCUAGUGAGAUGGUUGAUGUUGCAUUUGGGACGCCAACUCAUCAAUAUCAGGCUGUAUGGAUGAUGUGGCUACAUGCAGGGUACUUUUCAAAUGUUCAUCAAUAAGUGAAGAUCUAUACUUGUUUUUAACCAGAUUAAUUUUUGAAAAGAGCUGCUCACAUACAUAUGUGCUACCAAACAUUGCCAUCAUUUUCCUUGCAUGAGCAGAGAGUUUUGGAUACACUGUGCUUGCAAAUUUUCUAAAGUCAAUCACAAAACUGCAACAUUAACAAUUUACAGUACGUACUGGUAAUCACAAAUCAACCACAACAAAUGAAGUCACAAAGGAGACUGGUGAGGCAGCGGUACUGACAGGCGGGAACACAGUACCAUAUUACAGUAUGUGAACCAUACGUGUCAGACUCAUAGACAGAUAAUGUCAAGUAAUAUAUUAUUUUGUUAUAAUAUAAUUAAAAUCUGUACCUUAGUGAACUAAAUAGAAAAAAUAUGGUGAUACUGAUACACGAGAAUAUGAAUUUUGUCAAACUUUUGUUGGGCUCUACUUGAUAACUCUCUCUCUCUCUCUCUCUCUCUCUCUCUCUCUCUCUCUCUCUCUCUCUCUCUCUCUCUCUCUCUCUCUCUCUCUCUCUGAGGGCUGCACUAAAGUUUAUUUAUUUUUAGUAGAAAGGGCUGCAAUGAAAGCCUUUGAGGGCCGCAUGCGGCCCUUGGGCAGCAGGUUCCACAGGGCUGAUGUAAACAAUACGUCCAAUACAUGCCGUCGCCCACCACUGAAACAAAAAGAGAUGGACUGCUUCACUGUGUGUACGUAUUUACCUAUGGUGUUUUUAAUUACAUAGUUGUAAAUUUGUGGUGAGUGCUCGAGCAAAUUUGUGGUGAGUGCUUGAGCAAAUUUGUAAUAAGUGCUGAAACAAUGGUGUCUUGCAGACUCCUUGCUUCUAAUGUUUUUGUGUUCAGUGGUUGGGUAUAUGGUGAAUGUGUUCUUGUAGGAGAAUGACUUUUUUUUUCUUAGAAAUUUCUUUUAAAUAUUAGGGUGCGUCUUCUAAGAUGCAGCAUCUUGCAAGCCGUAAAAUACAGUAAUAUAAUUUAAUGCAUUUUAGGUUAAGAUGUAAUGGCAUCCUGCCAGCAAUGUUUUUGUUGUGUAUUAUUGUAAUACUCUCAGGACGAUCUAUCUUAUGUAUGUAUUAUUUACCCAUUUAUUAUUUCAUUGUAUAUUAUGUUCAUAUUUUGUGAUUAAUAUAUGUACUGAACAUUUUA